AUGUCAUUCUGACUGUGCAUCAGGUGGGUUUGCCAUCACUACACAACCUGUGCCCUUUGAAGUGUCAAUAAAACAAUUAUGGAUGAUUUGGUUAAAGUUUGAUGACUAUUAUAGUUAGACAUUGAGAGAGUUCACAGCGUUGACUCAGUCAGCCUGUGGAAAGAAGGCUCAUUUUAUUGGAGACUCUGCGAGAGGCCUGUGAAGUCUACAGGAAAAUGGUGCAGAAGUCUACUGUGGUGGGCCUUACCCUGCUGUUGCUGGCUGCAGUUGGCACAUUUUUGGCCGUUUUCUUUUCGGUGCAGGGCAAGAAGACCCCUCCUGAAGCUGAAAAUAGUUAUUUCAAGGCAGCGGUGGCAGCAGAUGCUGGGACAUGCUCUGAGAUCGGCAGGGAUAUCCUGAAGAGAGGCGGCUCCGCUGUAGAUUCUGCCAUUGCUGCUCUGCUGUGCGUAGGAUUGAUGAAUGCCCACAGCGCGGGCAUCGGAGGAGGGCUCUUGUUCACUAUUUAUGAUGCCAAAACAGGAAAAGUCGAAACCAUCAAUGCACGUGAGACGGCUCCUGCAAACGCAACCAAAGACAUGUUUGGAAAUAGUACGGACCUUUCUCAAACAGGUGGUUUGGCCAUCGCUGUUCCUGGAGAGAUUCGGGGGUAUAAAAUGGCCCAUCAACGGCAUGGCAAACUUCCGUGGAAAGAGCUGUUUUUACCAAGCAUAGAACUGGCAAGAAAUGGCUUUCCUCUUGGCAACGCACUGGCAAAUGCCAUUAAAUCAAAGAAAGACAUCAUUAUGGGUGAUAAGAUGUUAUGUUCUGUGUUCUGCGAUUCCAACGGCAACAUCCUGAAGGAAAACGACACCAUUACCUUUACAAAACUGGCUGACACUUAUGAGAUCAUAGCAGAGAAAGGGGCAGAUGCUUUCUACAGCGGACCUCUCGCUGAGAACCUUGUGAGGGAUAUCCAAGCUGCAGAUGGGAUUAUUACUCUGGAGGACUUGAGAGAUUACAAGCCCUUGCUGGAUGAGUCCCCCCUCACUGCCACAAUGGGCGAAUACAGAAUGGUGACACCGACCGCACCUGCCAGCGGCCCAGUCCUCACACUGAUGCUCAACAUCCUGAGCGGUUACAACUUCAGUUCAGACAGUGUCUCCACCACUGAAAAGAAAAUCCUCACCUAUCAUCGCAUAUUAGAGGCGUUCCGGUUUGCGUAUGCAAAGAGGACCGUCUUGGGGGAUCCACAGUUUCUCAACAUCUCCAGUUUCAUCCAGAACAUUACCUCGAAGGACUAUGCUGACAUGAUACUCCAGAAGAUCACAGAUAAUACGACGCAGCAAGAGAGCUACUAUGAACCCGAGUUUUACCUUCCCGACGAUCACGGCACAUCACAUGUGUCAGUGGUGGCAGAGGACGGCAGCGCGGUCGCCGCCACCAGCACCAUCAACGUAUAUUUUGGCUCCAAGGUAAUGUCAAAUUCAACUGGAAUCUUACUGAACAACGAGAUGGAUGACUUCAGUUCUCCUUUGAUCACCAAUAACUUUGGAGUUCCUCCUUCUCCUAACAAUUUCAUUGUUCCACAUAAAAGGCCCAUGUCUUCCAUGUGUCCCGCCAUCUUGCUAGACAAAAACAAUAAGGUUAAAAUGGUGGUUGGAGCCUCUGGUGGAACAAAGAUAACCACAGCAGUGGCCGAGGUGAUCUUAAAAGCGCUGUCCUUUGACUAUGACCUGAAGAAAGCGAUAGCAGACCCGAGAGUUCACAAUCAACUCAGUCCAAACACCACACAAGCAGAGCCUGACUUCGACAAGGCCAUUUUGGAGGGUCUUGCCACGAAGAACCAUGUAAUAGAGGAGUUGAAGUCCACGGGCGCAGUGGUUCAGGCCGUGGUGCGGUACACUGCUGGCCUCAGCGCUGAGUCAGACCCCCGUAAGGGAGGAUAUGCAGCUGGGUACUGACAUCCGACUCAGCGAUCCGAGUCUCCGGCCCAGCUGGAGGCAAUGGAGAUGCUGCUUUGAGACCCCAAGGACACUUUCCCCUCAUGCAGCUCUGAAACAACCAAGUGCCUCCAUGUUGACCUCCGCACACUCCAUAUUCAGUGAAUGAGGAAUAAAACACAUUCAAAUACGCUCACAGUGAAAACGCAACUUUGUUCUUCAGCAGUGACAUCAGUUAAUCAAAAUCUCUACAGAUCGUGUUACUGCGGGGUGGUAUUUAUUUCUGCAAAUAAACAUGUUGUGAUAGUUCAAUAAUGAACUUUUUAGCGUGACUUCUGUCCGUAUUGAGAUUUACAUCUUGGCAAGAGAACAUUUUCGCAAGACUUACCAGGAGCGUCUCAGGGGAGGAAGUUUUAAUCAAGCUUCUAAUAAGAGCUGAAGCGUGAACAAGCGAUGAAAUGCUCAUUUUAAUGUCCCACAAGUACGUGGUCCUACCCAUAGGCACCGGCCCAACAUCAAGCAGCAUCAUUAAUGCUAUAGUUGUGGGGGACAGAGAAAAAUCACAUAAACAUCCCUUAAACUUUUACUGAACUGUGGAAAAUAACUAAUUAAAUGUAUUUAUGGUUUAUUACAUUAAAAGAAGAGUCCAAAACAGAUUUAUAUCUUCUGAGGAACACAAAAGAAGAUAUUUCGAAGAAUGUUGGAAACCAAACCAUUUCGGGUCUCAUUGACUUAUAUUUUUGCCCAUACAAUGGAAGUCAAUGAGACCCGAAUAAUUUACUGUCUAACAUUUUUCAAAAUAUAUAUUAGGCUCAUAUACAAACAUUUUGGGCCCCUCAAUUAUUAUAGGCUCCAACUCAGUCAACCUGUUGAUUUAUUGAAGUAUUCACAAGCUGUUUUAUUUAUUGUAAAUUAAUGCUUGGAAAUAAUAUUUAACGUUUUCAGAUUCAUUCAUUAUUUGUGGCACGCAAGUCUCAGCCUAUAAUUUCUGUCAAUUUUAUGAUAAAAUACAAACAAUAAAUGUGUUUUUACACAUUGCAGCACGAAAUAAACAUGAAAAAAAUGAAUUCAUGUCAAAAAAAAAAAUAAAAACAAUG